ACUUCUCGUUGUGCCUCAGUGCAUCCUUUCUUUAGCUCCUCCACGGCCAGGAACCACUGGCUUGUCCGCUGGCACAAAGGGUAAACAAAUCAAACACCCGCUUCGUGACACAAGCUGGUUCGCUGCGCUUUUCUUUUUUCAUCCACAUUUUAGCAGCGUCACAGCCCAGACGAAAACAGUGAUUGGCCUAAAAGAUCUGCAGCCAGAUUUGCCAGGUACACAUACAGCAACUGAUGGCAACCGUUGCCAAGAGACCAUCCCUGCAGGGUCCGGUGCCCCCUCCUCGCAAGAAGACAGCCCCCAAGCCAGAGUUGACGGAGGUACAGAAGCAGGAGAUCAGGGAGGCCUUUGAGCUGUUUGACACUGAUGGCUCUGGAUACAUCGAUGUGAAGGAGCUUAAGGUUGCCAUGAGAGCUCUGGGAUUUGAACCAAAGAAAGAGGAGAUCAAGAAGAUGACUGGUGAAGUUGAUAAGGAUGGCACAGGAAAGAUCUCCUUUGCAGACUUCCUCACUGUCAUGACACAGAAAAUGGCUGAAAAAGACUCUAAGGAGGAGAUCUUAAAAGCUUUCCGGCUGUUUGAUGACGACGAAACGGGCAAGAUAUCAUUCAAGAAUCUGAAGAGGGUAGCCAAAGAGCUUGGGGAGAACCUGACAGAUGAAGAGCUGCAGGAAAUGAUAGAUGAAGCGGACAGGGAUGGAGAUGGGGAAGUGAACCAGCAGGAGUUCCUGCGCAUUAUGAAAAAAACCUGCCUGUACUGAAGCAAGUGGAAGGCAUUAAGGUUGGGUGGACCAGGCUGGAUCAGUGUGAGGGUGUUUUGCUGCUCAUCCAUUUAUCCAGAAAACAAAACCUUAUUAUCGUUGUAUAGUGCCAUACUUUUUUUUUUUUAUCAAUCAAGACAUUUAAGCUUCACAAACUACAAUCAUUACAGAAACCUUUAAAGACUUGAACAAAAAGUCUAGCAAAAUGCCAAACCAUCCUUCUUUGAGUUACAUGACAACAUACUGCCAAAACUGUAAGAGUACACCCUCUUACCUGUUAGAAUGCUGCAUUCAUUUAUGAAGGAUAUAUAUUGAUAAUAUUACAAGGGUUAUUCAUCAUGCCUGCACCAAUACAGUGACACAUAGUACAUUCCAGCGCUUUGUGUGAUACUUUGUGCAUUAUGUUAGCAGUGUCUGUUCACUUUCGUAUACUGGUGACUCCCAUUACCAUCUCAUGUUUCAGCUCUUUUAUACUGGUUUUCCUGGGAAAAUUUGCAAUGCAGUGAAGGUGUUUGUUAACCACUGACGACUGGAGAGCACUCUGUCUCAUCUCCGUGCUGCCUGUGGAUUUGUGCCUGUGCCUCUUAAAGGGGCAAUUCUCACAAUCAGGGAAGCUGCCUCUUAGCACACCAUCCUCUUGGAUCCCUCACUUACAGGCCAUUACACACCGGGUGCAUUUUUAAAAGUGACAUAAAAUUUAGAUUUUUUUUCUGUUCCAAACUUUUCUGGGAAAUUUGUCCUCAAAACCAACAUCAAGCGAUGAUGAGUCGGUCCUGGGAGAUUCUGGGUUCAUCCAAGCUGUAUUACGACCGCUUUCAGACAUAUAUCAGGAUGUCAGUGGGGCAGUUUGAGCUCUUGUUGGCAGAGUUGGGAACACAUUCGUGAAGGCAGAGAAAAUAUUUCAGAGAGCCGACUGACCCAGAGCAGUGUCUGAGGUAAAAUACUGUUAUCUAACUAUUUGUAUAUUCAGUAGUGUGAAUGAUUAGAGGUACAGCACACUUCUUACCAAAUGUAACCCCCCCCCCCCCCAAAAAAAAAUCGAGCUUGUUUCAAAGAUAUAAAUGCUGCAGAUUUGUCACGCCAAAUUAUGCUGUCAGUGUGAAUAACUGCAUUAAGAAUAGGUGACUCCGAUAAAAUAUUUUUAACCCAGGAAAUAUUCGCACAGAUUUUAUGCGUCCAGUGUGUAAAGGCCUUAAGGCUGUAUAUAAAAAAACAUGGACGUAGCCUUGUGAAACCUUGUUUAGAAGCCUUCACUUGAA